GGCAGAACUGUAUGGAACUGUCUGGUUUCCGCUUUGAUUGAAUGUCACGCUAGUUUUGUAGUUAGCUGUCUAUGGUAGUUAGCAGUGUACAGGGAAAAUAAUGGGGAAAUAUGACUUUAGGUGUGUUGAAUGUAACGAAAAAGCAUCGGAGUUACACAGAGAUUACACUAACGGGAUCCUGAAGAUUACCAUAUGUGAGUCGUGCCAAAAGCCAGUGGACAAGUACAUUGAAUAUGACCCAGUUAUCAUCCUGAUUGAUGCCAUUUUGUGCAAGACGCAGGCGUUCAGACACAUUUUGUUCAAUACAAGCUUGAAUAUCCACUGGAAGUUGUGUGUGUUCUGCCUGCUGUGUGAGGCUUACCUCCGGUGGUCUCUGCUCCAUGGCUCCGAGCAGAGCAGCGACCCCGCUGACAUCAUCAGGUACACCAAAGAAUGGGAGUUCUACGGCAUGUUUGGAUUGGCCGCCCUCGAGCUGUCAGCGUUCUGCGGCGGCGUGCUGUGUUUCCUCUGGGUGGUGGCGGGUCGUCUGCAGGGUGGGACCCCCGAGCUCAGCCUGCUCCUCAGAGCCCUGCUGCUCUCCUGCUACGGAAAGGUCCUCCUCAUCCCUGCUGUCAUCUGGGAGCACGACUACUCGCCGCUCUGUCUGGGCCUCAUCAAACUGUUUGUGCUCACCUCAAACUCGCAGGCUAUCAGAGUGAUCCUGAACAGCAGUAGACGUUUUUCAUUGAUGGCGGUGUGUUUAGGCCUGCUGUCAGAGACCUGCGUGGCUCAGGCCUGUAGAAAGCUUCCAUGGAGCAUCCAGGACAUGUUGACAUUUGAAUGACAAAUGUCAGUUAUCUCAGGGAUAAACAAGCGAUCGUGGAUGCCGACCUGUGCCAGAAAGAGGCAGGUUUUAAUGAACCCUCUACACAUGGGAGUGGAGAAGGAGAAGGACAUGUUUUGAAGUGUUUUUGCUGCUCAAAGCCAGUUGUCAAACGGAGACACAAAGCAGCAGAAGAGACAUUGUUAUUAUUUUUUUCUGCAUUCUUUAUAGAGAAAAAGACCAAUCUUCAUUUUGGAGGGAUGUCAAGGAGGUGGCGUUGGCCCUCCUGUUUUUCAUUUUAGUUUUAAAGUGGACAAAAAGCUCAAGAUUCAAGUGAGAUUUUGACUUGGAUACUUUAUUGAGACAGACAAACAUACAGAGAGGAGCUAACGCAUGGGAACGUCUCCUGAUCUAAACCACUGUUUCUCAGAGCCACUCUACAAUUGACACAAACACAGACCCUGAGGUUGUAAUUUCACAACAACUACUGCUCUGUUUGGACAGGACCCAGGCAAACUCUUCACAUUCUUUGGCUCAUUGGUGAAAUGCUUACCUUAACUCACACGCACACAGACACACACAUA